CUAAAGCGGCGAAGCAGAGGGUCGUGUUGAGCGGUCGCCUCUCCGCUCGUAGUGUUGCUGGAGGAUCAGAAACAAGAGCUGAACUACUGAAGAUAUGAAUGAUGUCCUGUUUCAAGUCGUCUCCUGCACUUUUCUACCCAGCUUAAAUGUGGUUGCAUAAACAUAUUGGGAAAUUGCACCAAGAGAAAUCUUGCACUGCUGAUACAGAUUGAAUAUAAGAAUAUGGCGUCCAAACAAUGUUCCGGUACUCAGCAACUGUCAUCUGAUGUCAUCCACAUGAACACAUCUCACAGACAAACACAGAAACGCAGCAAAGAGAGAAAUCACUACUGCUUGGAGUGUGGAAAAAGUUUUACUCAACAGAGUACUCUCCACAAACAUCAGCGCAUUCACACAGGAGAGAAGCCGUAUCACUGCUCAGAGUGUGGGAAGAGCUUUAAUCGUCAUAGUCAUCUCCAACGACACCAGCGCAUUCAUACAGGAGAGAAGCCGUAUCACUGCUCAGAAUGUGAGAAGAGCUUUAAUAGUCAGAGUCAUCUCCAAGAACACCAGCGCAUCCACACAGGAGAGAAACCUUAUCACUGCUCAGAGUGUGGGAAGAGCUUUAAUCGUCAGAGUAAUCUCCACAAACAUCAGCGCAUUCACACAGGAGAGAAACCGUAUUACUGCUCAGAGUGUGGGAAGAGCUUUAGUCAACAGAUUCAUCUCCAACAACACCAGCGCAUUCACACAGGAGAGAAGCCAUAUUACUGCUCAGAGUGUGGGAAGAGUUUUACUGUACAGAGUACUCUUCAACAACACCAGCGCAUUCACACAGGAGAUAAGCCGUAUCACUGCUCAGAGUGUGGGAAGUGUUUUAAUUGUCAGAGUCAUCUCCAACGACACCAGCGCAUUCACACAAGAGAGAAACCAUAUCACUGCUCAGAGUGUGGGAAGAGUUUUACUCAACAGAUUCAUCUCCAGCAACACUUGCGCAUUCACAAAGGAGAGAAGCCGUAUUACUGCUCAGAGUGUGGGAAGAGUUUUACUGUACAUGGUACUCUCAAACAACACCAGCGCAUUCACACAGGAGAGAAGCCGUAUCACUGCUUGGAGUGUGGGAAGAGUUUUAAUCGUCAGAGUAAUUUCCACAAACAUCAGCGCAUUCACACAGGAGAGAAGCCGUAUCACUGCUCAGAGUGUGAGAAAAGCUUUAAUCGUCGGAGUCAUCUCCAGCAACACCAGCGCAUUCACGUAAGAGAGAAGCUGUAUCGCUGCUUCCCAGAGUGUGGGAAGAGUUUUAGGCAUUUGAAGACUGAAGACACAAAUGUCUAGGAGCAGUGGUGGAAGUGGGCAGUAAUGAAUGUAAUCUUAACGUAAAUGUAAAAUCAUUCUCCAGGGAAUGCCAUUUCUAAAAUAUGAGCAUAAAAUGAGUGCGGUACUGCAUGUUCUCCCCAUAAUAAGUUUAACAUGUUGAAAACAAUUAGAAAGCUCUAAAUUCAAUAAUACAAGGUUCAUUACUUUCUGAAUUACUAUAUUUUAGCUAGUAUAGUGCUUUUGUUUUGCAAUGAUAGAUGUUUUGACAAACAUUUGGCAGUGUGAUUGACUCUGAGUAAAACCUUUACUCAUUUGAUUUCUGUAUAUUACCUAGUUAGUGCUUGUUGCAAUGAAAGUGUUGAGGACUGCUAUGAAGAAGAUAUGACCUUGAGGACUGCAACAGAAGUGUUUUUUUCUGUGCUGGGCAGAAGUGAACAACUUUAUAAUGGAUACAAUGGAGUCUGAAGGACUGCAUGAUAUCAAGCUGUCGGAGUGACCUAUUGGUCAGCACUCCUCAGUAUGGCCUAUGCAUGCCUGUUCAACUAAAGUUGCACACAGGCCAGACUACAACUCCUCUAUGAAAUUUCUAUUACUCUUUUCAGAGAAAUUAUGGACCAUCAAUGUUGCUUGUGAUGCAUGGAGAAUGAUUGUUCCUCAAGAGGUGUGUUGUGACAUGAUAUGAGGACUCGCAUCUCAACUCAAUCUACAACCCCAAUUCCAAUGAAGUUGGGACGUUGUGUAAAACAUAAAUAAAAAGAGAAAACGAUGAUUUGCAAAUCC